GGCUCUCCACCCAAGGGCACUGCACGCCCAGCACCCGGCCAUGUCGUCCUGCGCCCGCGUGGCGCUGGUCACCGGGGCCAACAAGGGCAUCGGCUUCGCCAUCGUGCGUGACCUCUGCCGGCAGUUUCCGGGGGACGUGGUCCUCACGGCGCGGAACACAGCACGGGGUCAGGCGGCCGUGCAGCAGCUGCAGGCCGAGGGCCUGAGCCCGCGCUUCCACCAGCUGGACAUUGACGACCUGCAGAGCAUCCGCGCCCUGCGCGACUUCCUGCUCAAGGAGUACGGGGGCCUCGACGUGCUGGUCAACAACGCGGGCAUCGCCUUUAAGACCAUUGAUUCCACACCGUUUCAUAUUCAAGCAGAAGUGACUAUGAAAACAAACUUCUUUGGUACCCAAGAUGUGUGCACAGAGCUCCUGCCUCUAGUAAAACCCCAAGGCAGAGUCGUGAAUGUGUCCAGCUUUGUGAGUGUCCGCUCUCUCAAAAAAUGCAGCCCCGAACUGCAGCAGAAGUUUCGAAGUGAGACCAUCACGGAGGAGGAGCUGGUGGGGCUCAUGAACAAGUUUGUGGAAGACACAAAGCACAGGGUGCACAGGAAGGAGGGCUGGCCUGAGACCGCAUAUGGGGUGACGAAAAUCGGCGUCACGGUCCUGUCCAGAAUCCAAGCCAGGAAACUGAGUGAGCAGAGAGGAGGGGACAGGAUCCUCUUGAAUGCCUGCUGCCCAGGGUGGGUGAGAACUGACAUGGCAGGACCCACAGCCACCAAAAGCCCAGAAGAAGGAGCAGAGACCCCCGUGUACUUGGCCCUUUUGCCCUCAGAUGCUGAGGGGCCUCACGGACAGUUUGUUUCCGAGAAAAAAGUUGUGCAGUGGUGAGCUCACUCACAGCUCCUCCCAUGGGCCCGAUUAUGUUCCUGUCCCAGUUUCACGGAAAGGACACUUACACUGUCAAAUAUCCCU